CCGUAAGAUAUUAAGAUCCACUACACUACAUGUUCUUCUUGUCUUUCUUUUCUCUCUACAUCUCACUCUUUAUAUAUAUGCUGGUGGUAAGAGCAAUUGUAUACCAAAAUUGAAAACUACUAAGUUUAGGUUUUAUAUCUGAAAAAAAGCAACUAACAACACAACAGAAUAUGGCUGAUACAUCCUCUUCAAUGUCACUACCAAAUACCAGAAACUGUGUUAGAUCAAUUAGUUUGCCUACAAGGUCUUGUCAUCCUUAUACUCUUAGAGUCGAAGAAGAGCUAAACAAGUUAAAGAAAAGUCUCAACACCACCAAUGCAGAGGCGAUCCGAAGCGGUUUAUCUGGUCUUAAGGAUCUUUAUCAUUGCGUUGAUGAUAUUCUUCAAUUACCACUUGCAACACAAAAAUCUUGCACCAUUGCCCAAGAUGAGAAGUUAGUUGAUCAAGUGUUAGACGAGUCCGUGAGAGUGCUAGAUGUUUGUGACACUACAAUGAACCUAUUGGUGCAAAUGAAGGAAAAUGUACGUGAGCUUCAGUGCGGUCUUCGCCGAAGGGGUGGAGAAUCAACUGCCGAAAGCAGCAUUGACGCUUACACAUGUAGUAGAAAGAAGUUGAGAAAGGAAAUGGUGAAGUCAAUUGGAUCUUUAAAAAAAAUGGAGUCUAAAUUUGAAUCUCAUUCUAUGAAUGUUAUAGAUCAAGAUAAUCAUCUAGUAGUCGUUGCUAGAUUAUUAAGAGAAGUAAGCAGUAUUACGAUCUCGGUUUUCCGAUCUCUAUUGCAAUUCUUAUCAGUGUCUUCAUCCAACUCUACUAGCAAAUGGUCUUUGGUAUCGAGAUUACUUAACCAGAAAGAGAAGUUAUUACAAAAUCAAGAUAUUCAUAAUGAAGUUGGGAGUGUUGAUGUUGCACUCCACAACCUAUCUAAUUUGGAAAUGAUACAAAGGAAAGUGAAUAUUUUGGAAUGCAGUAUUGAAGGUCUUGAGGAUGAACUUGGAACCUUGUUUAAGUGCUUAAUCAAAACAAGAGUUUCUCUACUUAACAAUUCAUCUCUUUCCCAAUAG